AUGGUUUCCAUUUAUGCUAUUUUUGGUGCCAUCAUAUUAUCUCAUUUGGAAACUCAAGAGGUCGAUCAGUGGUCAAAUUUUAUAUCACAGAAUGAUGCUAUUCAAAUUUUCACUCAAUCGACAUUAUUUCCGCCUGUUUAUGCAAAUCGUUGGAAUCGAUCUCAGAAUAAUAUUCGUCAGUGUAUAACCGAUAUUAUCAGGGAUUUAUUAAAGAAAAGUGAUUGCUCUAAUAUUGUAUUCGAUCAUUUGUCACUUCGCUACUUCAAACGUUGUUAUUAUUACAAUUUAUUUUCAUUUUCAAAUAUGACUGAUAAUGAAAAACGAAAUAAUAGCAAUAAUCACUUACCAACGUACAUUCAACCAUCUAAUUUGCAUGAUAGUGAAAUGAUAAAUGAUUUAUCUGCUGAAGGAUGGCCAUUUAUUGAUUCUUUAUUAUUUGUAUUUUCACUUAUCACAACAAUCGGUUAUGGUAAUAUUACACCGAAAACUUUUGCUGGACAAAUAUUCUGUAUAUUCUUUUCUGCAUUUGGCGUACCGUUAACAUUACUUACUAUUGCGGAUCUUGGCAAAUUCAUUUCUGAAAUUAUUUUCGCCUGCAAUGAUCGCUUUAGUGUUCAAUUAAAACGAUUUUGGCGACGAAAUUCUCUACGAAAACGCUUUAAGACAAUAAUAUCCAAUCACAGAUCAAAUAAAUUUAUCAAUAAUAAUUUUAACGAUAAACUGUUGCAUGAUGAAAAUGAUAACAAUGAAUCAAAUGGGCAAAAUAACAGUGAUAAUCAGGUUAAUGAAACAGAUGGAAGCACAGAAACGAGUGAUAAUAAUGAACAAUCAAAUCGAACAUUGGUUCUUUUCGUACUGUUUAUCAUUUAUGUUAUCACUGGCUCACUGUUACUUAGCAGCUACGAGCCUGAAAUGCCAUUUUUUACU